CCUACCUAGGUAGCCUCUUCUCCCCUCUCUAUCUACUCCACUACCAUCCCUCCUCUCCACGACACCACACCUAGACGCCAGACUACACAUCUACUACUACUACCUUCAACAUGUGCCAUACCGUAAUCGCUCAGCGGAUGUGCAAGGUCUGCCACCGUAGUCUCGGCGAGACGGUCAUCGACUUUACCCGCUGCGCUCGUAAAUGCUCGAGCCCCUUCUACUGCCUCACACCCGAACCUCAGAUGGAGCUAUGUAACGUCUGUACCGCGACAACGACCCUUUCCACACCGGUACUCGCACAGCAGGCCAUCGAGGACACGUCCACAGCCGCCGCCGUCGCCGCUGCUGCUGCUGCCUCGGCCGGCACGAGUCUCUACGAGAGUCCCUUUGCCAAGGCGGCGACGUAUCCUGGCCCAGCAGUCACUCGACAUACUGCUGCCCAUUGAGUUUUGGACACGCCAAGCUCUAAUGGGCCGGGUCAAGGACGUCUGCGUGUAAGAGAGGCAAAGGGAAAUUGAAAUGACGAUACGAACGAGCAUGUAAAUUGGACAUACCAAGGGAAAUUCAACUGGGAAAGGCAUAGGGAUAGGGACAGGGACAGGGAAAGGGAACAAAGGCGCAAGAGGACUAUGACAAUAUGGGAAUCAAGGGAUUGGAUGCUUUGCUUUACCUCCAUGUAGUGUCACCCAAAGACACUUGACGACACGAGGUCCCGGCGAGGACCGCUCUACCGGUACAAAGACCACUGGAAUUGGUCAUGAUAGGUACCCAGAGCCAAGAGAUGAUGGUCUCAAGGGGGACACGGUCGUUGCAAGUACAGUGCAGUACAGUACAGUACAGUACAGUACAGUACAGUACAUAGUUGA